AUGUUAAAACCUUAUUCAAUUCAAGCACAAUCCCCCCUCCCCUACCCCGCUGAACUCUCUUGGCUUUUAUCCCUUUAUCUAAAGGUUAAAGUCGUAAUAAUGUCAGAGAGUCAGACGGGUAAUGGAGCUCACACUGUUCAGUCCCAUGGCAAAGAACUCGCAAGAGAGCAUAUGCAUGAUUGGUUGGUCCUUUUGCUCUUAGUAUCACUCGAAUUGUUCCUAAACCUUAUCGAACCUUUCCAUCGUUAUGUCGGGGAAGAAAUGAUGACCGAUAUGAAAUAUCCAUUUUACCAAAAGGAUACCAUUCCUAUGUAUGCAGUUCCGUUAUAUGUAGGAGUAUUACCAUGUAUGGUAUUCCUCAUGUAUUACAUGCGUAGAAGAGAUGUCUAUGAUCUACACCAUGCUGUCCUUGGUCUUUUCUACUCAGUUCUGAUAACCGCAGUUAUCACUGAUUCGAUAAAAGAUGCCACGGGUAGACCACGACCAAAUUUCUUCUAUAGGUGUUUUCCUGAUGGUAGAGCGGAGUUCGGCGAGGAUGGAGAUGUUAAAUGCCAUGGAGAUAAAAUGAUAAUUAAGGAAGGGUAUAAGAGCUUUCCUAGCGGGCACACUUCAUGGUCCUUUGCGGGUCUUGGCUUCCUUUCUUGGUAUUUAUGUGGAAAACUUAGAGCCUUUGAUAACAAAGGUCAUGCUGCAAACCUCUGUAUCGUUGUGUCUCCAUAUCUUUUCGCUGCACUUGUUGGAGUGAGUCGUGUGGAUGACUAUUGGCAUCACUGGACAGACGUUUUUACCGGAGCAAUCAUAGGAACGGUCGUUGCUGCAUUUUGCUACUUACAGUUCUUCCCAUUCCCGAAUCACGAAAAUGGUUGGGCGCCACAUGCAUUUUUUGCGAUGAUGGAACGGGAACGCUCUAGAGAGGCUGCAAAUGCACAUCAUGAUUUGGAAGCCUAGAAAGGGAGAGGAGACAUUGAGCUACAUUUUAUGGAGAUUAUCGUAUAUACACAAAAAAUAGCUUAGUUUGCAUCUACACAUGGAAUAUAGACGGGUGAUAGUUUUUUAGAGAUAUAUCAUGCAAAAUAUAGCUUGCUCGAGCUUCUGAACUUAGUGUUGGGAUAUUGUUUGAUGUAUUACUAGAAUAACCCGUUUCCCUGAAUAUAUUUUGGGAUUUUCCAAAAAAAAAACUAAUAAUGUUUAAGGAAAAUUUCAUCUUAAAGACACACAUGAUCAUCAUAUGAAUGUGUAUUUGGGAUAAUUUGUUCAUAAGCAUUAUUUUAAACAUGCUCAAGUACCAUCUAUCUUAUGCACAAUACCCUUUAUAAAUGUCUUUCACAAUACACUUAAUUCAGUGAGUAUGUCUUGUGAUAAAAAAAGAUGGACAUUUCCAAAUUAAUAAUUGUAAUUAUUUAGGC